AUGUCUAUCACCAUCGCUGACUUGACUACCAUGGCUGCGGGCGCCACGGCCUGGGCAAUGGCAAUCCCAGCUGUCAAAAUUGCUGGAAAUGGCGUUGCCACUGGAAGUGACACGAACAAGGGCCUGGCUCUCUUGGUUGGAAUCGGUAUUGCCUACGCUACCACACCUCUGCUCAGUCUCGUCCUGGGGUGGAAGACAGCGAGUGAAAAGGUUCGAGGCGUUGCUUUGGCACUCGGCACGGCACAAACGAUCGAUGGUCUGGUUCAUUUGUUCUAUCCGUCAUUUUACCACGAAAACCCAACAGUGGGAUUGGGAUGCGCUGGAAACAUUUUUUAUGGAGCUGGUUUGUUGGGUAUUUUCAGUGCCUACCAGUAG